AUGAAGUGGCUCGUCCUUGCGGUCCUCUGCAUCCUUUUCGCCAUCAAUGUCAACGCCUGGUCUGAUUCCGUAUGUUUUAAGUAUUUUACUAUAAGGAUUUGUUCGUUUUUCAUUUCAGAGCGACGAAAAUGUGGACCAACUCAUGUCGAGAGUCUACCGCACGGUGCUUUUGAAGUCCAAGAGAAGCCGUUAGUUUCAUAUCAAAUCCAUAUUUUCACGAUUUUUUUAACAGCGUCCAUGGGAUUGUCUUUGGCCGAAUACAUGGCUUCCCCGCAAGGCGGCGACAACUUCCACUUCAUUCCCUCUGGUCGCAAGUAGAUCUCGUCACCACUUCCGACCCGUCCUGAGAAUAACACCUACAAAAAAACAUUUGAAGAACAGAAAAAAAUGAUAAAUUUGAUUGUUGGUUUGAUAAUGUCUCUUGCCCUGCACCUUGUCAUAUAAAUGCCGAAGCCUCGUCGCUAACGUUUUUCUUGAAGUCGCAAUCACUAAUUGAAAAAAGUUUUCAUUUGGAUAUACUUGAAAAAAACACAAAAAAAUACGAAAAAAAGAAAUCCCUAAAAUCACACCCUCAAAAACACAACCGUGUGUUUAAAACUUUCAGCGAGAAACUUCACGAAAAACGUGAUGUUACUUUUUUUCGAAAAAAAUUGGAUUUAUGUAGGUUUAGCUCUUGGAGUAUAGUUACAAAACUCAAGCUCAAGAAAAUAUUCUGAUGAAAUUCAAAAAACCCUCGGUGUGUAUGAUUUCAGGUUUUUAUAGGGUAGCUUGUAGGAAACUUUAUUUGUUGAGAUUAUAUUCAUGGUUUACAUCCAAUAUUUCGAGACUCUUCUUUAAAAAUUUUCCUAAAAAACAGUGUCUAAGUGUUCUGUAAAUCUCAGCAAUGCAUACCUAGUUUUUUCGUUCAGACACAACCGUAACUGACGGCAAUUGAAAAGGGUGAGAUUUUCGAGAUUCUCAUUUUCUCCAACAAGGAAUAUGUUGCCCGAUUUCCAGAAAAAUCCUCACCGGAGAGUAGAAUGGCCCUGCCUAUCAGUUACCUGAGGAAUUUUUGACUCAACCUUUUUUAAAACAAAAAGUGCAAUAGUUUUGGGAGGAGAAUGGCCUACAGCUGUGGACACUAGUCUGACAUUAGCGAAGGUACACACAAAAGACCGCACACAGUAGUUCUGCAGAGGCAACAUGGCCGGCUAAUCCUGGAAGCGCGAGGCGUAGAGACAGCCUCAAUCCGCGUGGCAAACAGUGAUGCGCCCGACCGCAACUGGCACGAGGGGAGGAGUUGCACCUCGACGAAGCUUCAUUUCGCACGGUUUACCAUUCAUUAUCAUUCAGUUCAUUCAGCUCAUUCAGCCAGUUCUGCUUCUAGUUAUACUAUUCAGAAGCUCCCGCCGUUCUGCUGGAAGAGGAAAUUCAUAUAUUCUAUACUUUAAUGAGGUCUGAAAGUAAUCUUACUGUAUAAUCGCUUGCUAUUAUUCAAUAGUUUGUUAAAUCAUCACGAAAAAAUUUUUGAAAGUGGGAAAAUAUGAAAUACUUCAAAACAAAGUUUUCGGAUUAUUCCAUCUGAAUUUGAAAAUUAUUAGCUUGGCAGCUCUUGAGUCCAACUUUUUAUGAUGGAAUCAAAAGGUGAUAAAUACGGUUCGGUAAAUGAAAAUGCCGUGCCCGAGGGAACAAUGAUAAUUUAGGACUUUGAAAAAUAUUUUCAACCAGGCAUUUAUAUACUGAAUAAUGGAUAAAAUACGAGAAAAAACACCGACAGUCUUCGACAAGAGUUCUUUUAAGUUAUUUCACGCAUUUGGGCAAAAACAUAAAAUCCCGCUUUUUUUUUCAGAACAGAAACAAGUUCCGAAACAUUGCAUGUGAAAAGUCAUCGAUUGGUUUUUAUGUCUUAAAGACUGAAAAGAAAUGGACUUUUCAAAGCUGUAGAAACCAUUUUGUAUAACCGAGAAGUAUUCAGUUUUUUCAAUUGACUUGAGGCAAGUUUUGAUUGAAAAUUACUAAAAUUUGACGGCUUCUUUGAAUGGGAGAAAAAAGAAUGAGCCUUCUGAAAGCACUACAAACGAACUUGAUUACAAAAUCUGCUUCAAACUUCCUAUAACUUCUCAGCCUUCUUAUCAAUAAGUUCCCAAAAUAGUCAAGUUUGCGGUUUCAAAGAGAAUAUACCCCAACUGCGUCAUACCUCGUUGUGACCGUUGUUACGGUCAGUGAUUCGACUUGACCGCAGCAUCGUUUACAAAAAGGUGUCGAUGUCAAUUGUUUGUCUAUGGAGGCCAGGAUAUUAUUCUCACUUUUCCACAACCACUCAUGUUAUGUUUUUCAAAUGGCUCUCGCAAUCAAAACAAUUGUUGGCGUCGGGAUAAUAAGCGACGUGAGAGUUUCGUUCGAUUAAGGAAAAAGGUAUGAGAAAAAGUCUACAAAAACCCGUGCGUGCGCAAUUUUUGAUACGAGCCUCCGGAAAUUGAAAAAGGCGGCCAGGCGUUGCCUUGAAAAUAACUAUCCAUACCUUACUGCUGCCUGCACCUACACGGCGGACAUGCUGAGAGCUCUUCUGGGUCUCCUCAUUCUGACGUCAGUCUACGCCUACGGCGACUAUGGAGGUUUGAGAAAGACUUUGUCGGUUCUGAAAGGCUUUUCUUCCAGAAUACGCCAUGCACAGAAUCGCCCGUGCACCUCAGGCGUCGGCACUUCUUCUACCGUAUCCGCGCGUCGGGAAGCGAGGGUAGCUUUUUCUUGAUUCAUUGCUCCCUUUGAGCUCUGAAAAUGCAUAGGAAACUGUAGGGCUACCCAAAAGUGUCUGAAGCCUAGAUCUCAAAUCAUAGUAAGACAAAUAGCUCAAGCUAGCGAAGCAUCAUGUAAAAUCCUCUAUCGCAGCACUUUUUUUUCAGAGAUGCUUCUGAACCGGAGGACGAUCAUGAUUUACCUAAGCGGCUGUAUAUCGCUCGAGUCGGAAAACGCAAUCUAAUGUUUGGAGCGAGAGUUGGCAAGUAG